AUGGCGCCCUUCGUCAGAAUCGAGGCAAUCAAGCCGACCCCUCUGUCGCUCGCCGCUCUCUGCGCUUGCCCGUGCCGACCCUUUGCUACGAACGCCCCGGUUCUGACGCGCCCUCUGUCAAAAUUCAAUCUUGGGUUGCUUUUACAUGGGCUCAAGAGCGUGGUCCAGAUGCGGUUGAGAGGGGUCCCGGCCCGCCGGCGCGUCGUCGCGGCCCGGGGCGCGCCCGAGCAGGACCGGGUCGGCGAGAGCAACGCCAAUCAGGAAGUAGACAAAGGCCAUCAAUCUUCACCAUGGGGAGAAACUGAUAUGGAGACUCAACAGAAAGUAAGUCAGUUAAGAAAAAGGAUUGUUUUUGGACUUGGAAUUGAUUUUUCUGUUGGCGGUGUUGUGUUGGCAGGAGGAUGGGUGAUUACUGUGGCUUUGGCGUCCGCUGUUUCUGCCGGUUCACGCGAGUAUUUUGAGUUGGUUAGGAGUCGUGGAAUUGCAGCUGGAAUGACGCCCCCUCCUCGAUAUGUGUCCCAAGUUUGCUCGGUUAUUUGUGCCCUGAUGCCGAUACUUAUCUUGUAA